AUGCUUCGUGCAAUGAUAAACACGGUCCGUCCAAACUACCAGUUUAUCUCCAAAGCGACUUAUCAAAAUUAUGUGAUGUCCGAUGUUCUAGCACAAAUAGAACGAGAGUGUGAAAAAUUCUGCCCAGUACCACGAUUUCCACCGAGAAAGGUAACAGUGAUAGGAGCUGGCAGUGACGUUGGUUACAUAGCUUCUUUAUUUCUAAAACAGCAAAAGGUUAUAAAAAUAUUAGCCUUAUACGAUGAACCGGACCAGAGAGUGCUUGGGGUGGCGAAUGAUUUAGCUCAUAUUGACACCAGCCCCGAAGUCGAAGCGUAUCAAGGCCGCAUGUAUCUGAAGAAUGCUCUAUAUGAUGCCGACGUAGUACUUAUAUGUGGUGGACAUUAUGUAAUGCCUCCUUGUUGUGAUAAACUCGAUCGAGAUCUUUUCUUUGAGAAUAUGCAACAAGUUCGCACAGCGUGUAUAGCGUGCGCACAGUUCUGCCCCCAGGCUGUGAUUGCUAUCCAGACACCUCCUGUUGAUUGUAACUACGCUCUUUGUGCACAUACACUCAAAUUAUUCCAUGUAUACGACAAACAUAAAGUGCUAGGUGUAAACGCAAUAAACUCGAUGCGAGCCAACCAGUUGUUUUGUUCGAUCACUGGUUCGGAUCCAGCGAGCUCCCAAAUACCUGUGAUAUGUGGUACCGGGAGAUGCACCAGAGUCCCUGUAUUCUCUGCGGGAAAAGCUGGAAACUUUCCACAGACCCAAGUAGACUGCCUCACAAGAUUAGUGCGAGAAGCAGACGAUAUAAUCUGUAAAGUUAAGAGCAACAAUGCACAAGGCUACUUAUCUAUUGGCUUCUCAACGGCCCGAUUCGUUGUCAAUAUUAUGAAAGGAUUAUUCGAAAAACCCGCUUUCAUAGACAGUGCCUUGGUAGAGCAAGCGAAUCCAGAGAAAUGUUACAACAUGUCGGUGUGCGCUACACCCGUUACUAUUGGGAAGGCCGGUAUUAUGGAAUACGCUGUGCCAAACUUGAAUGAAGCCGAAACAAGACUUUUGGAAGACAGCAAGCCCGUCCUUGGGAGGUUCAUCCAGGAUCCUUCAGGCGUUGAAGUGGAGAAGGAGCUGCACGGACAAUCAACCCAGCCGGCUGACACUCUCAGUUACCCUGAGGGAGGCCCAGCUAAGCGAUCAGCGACCGUUGUUUGCAGCGACGAUCUG